AUGCAGGCAUAUGCGAAGAUGGCGUCAUUGUUUUCGGUUGUUUAUGUGACAGUACCCUCUAAGGAGGUGGGAAAGUCGAUUGCAAGGUAACACUGUAAUCAGAAACCAACGUUUUCCAGAGAGCUCGUAAAUUCCAAAGUGGCUGCUUGUGUUAACAUUGUUCCUCAAGUCACUUCAAUGUGUGUUCAAAAUUAAAUUAGAAUGACAAAUUUAGAUAUGAAUGGGAUGGGAAUGUCCAAGAGGACGAAGAAGCGAUGCUUAUCAUCAAAACCAAGACGGAAUCGUUAAAUCAACUUAAGGAAUCCGUUUUGAGACAACACCCCUAUGCCAUUCCUGAGAUCAUUGCAAUGCCGGUAUGUUGUAUUAUAAAACAUUUAUCAUUUUAUAAAAAUUUUAUCUUUAUUAGAUCGAACAAGGGCACGAACCGUAUCUUGAAUGGAUCAACAAGCAAGUACAGCCGAAACAAUAA